AUGAAUACAGACGUUGCUGCUGCACAGGCCCAAAGUAAGAUAGAUUUAACGAAGCAGAAGAAUGAGGAAGUAAAUAGAAAGUCGUUAGAGGAAGACGAUGAAUUUGAGGAUUUUCCUAUUGACACAUGGGCUAAUGGUGAAACAAUAAAAAGCAAUACUGCAACGCAAACAAAAAUAUGGGAAGAAAACUGGGAUGAUGUUGAAGUCGACGACGAUUUCACUAAUGACCUAAAGGCAGAAUUAGAUAGAUACAAACAAGAAAAUCAGUGA